AUGAAGGCUGGCAUUGUUUCUCUCGCUGCAGCUUUUAUGCUGGGUGCAUCUCCUGUUUCUGGUGCCCCGUCAACAACCGAGCAACGCGACACCAUUACCCCCAUCACCGUCAAGGGCAAUGCCUUCUUCCAGGGCGAUGACCGCUUCUACAUCCGCGGUGUCGACUACCAGCCCGGUGGAUCUUCCAAGCUGACUGAUCCCAUUGCUGAUGCCGACGCAUGCAAGCGCGACAUCAAGAAGUUCAAGGAUCUUGGUCUCAACACUGUUCGCGUUUACUCGGUCGACAACUCGCAGGACCACGAUGAGUGCAUGAAGGCACUGGCGGAUGCUGGCAUCUACCUGGUACUUGACGUCAACACCCCCAAGUACGCGAUCAAUCGUGCCAGCCCCGAGAAAUCAUACAACGACGUCUACCUCCAGUAUAUCUUCGCCACGGUAGAGAUGUUCGCCAAGUACGACAACACCCUGGCCUUCUUCUCUGGAAAUGAGGUUGUCAAUAACGGGGCUUCGUCUUCGGCUGCCCCGUAUGUGAAGGCUGUCACUCGUGAUAUUCGCUCAUACCUGCGCGCUCGCAAUCUCCGUCACGUCCCUGUUGGAUACUCUGCUGCUGAUAUCGAUACCAACCGACUCGAGAUGGCCGAAUACAUGAACUGCGGUCCCGAUGAUGAGCGUAGCGACUUUUUCGCCUUCAACGACUACUCCUGGUGUGACCCGUCUUCUUUCACCGUCUCCGGAUGGGACCAGAAGGUCAAGAACUUCACUGGCUACGGGCUCCCUCUAUUCCUUUCCGAAUAUGGCUGCAACACAAACACUCGCAAGUUCGAAGAGGUCAGCUCUCUCUACUCGACUGACAUGACUGGCGUCUACUCCGGUGGCUUGGUCUACGAGUACGCCGAGGGGGGCAACAAAUAUGGCUUGGUCAAAAUUGACGGAAAUGACGUGACGGAGCUCCCUGACUACAGUGCUCUCAAGACUGCUUUUUCCAAGACGGCAAACCCUAAGGGCAACGGAGACUAUAACAGCACUGGUGGUGCCAAUGGAUGCCCGGCAAAGAACGCACCCAACUGGAACGUUGACAGCGAUGCUCUCCCUGCUAUGCCCUCUCCUGCCAAGAAGUACUUGACUGAAGGUGCUGGCAAGGGUGAGGGCUUUGAAGGCAGCGGUAGCAUGGAUGCAGGAACUGAGUCUACCACCACUGCUACUCCAGGAUCUGGAUCAGUUACUUCCAGCACCUCUAGCGGCACCAGCACCAGCUCCAAGGGUGCCGCGGCGGGACUACAGCCUCCUCACCUCGCCAUAGCACCCAUUGCUGUCGGCUUGGUGACUGCUCUCUCCGCCCUAUUUGGCGCCAGUAUUAUCCUUAUGUGA